ACAUCGUGCCCUGCAGGCUUUCUGGAUGCAGAAGCCAGACUCACUGCAGAGGCAGCUGUUCUGUUCCCAGAGCUUCUGGGGUACAUCCGGCUCUCAGGGGUUGCCUAGGCGGGCUCCAAGUUCCAGGAUCGCGCAAGGUGGGUGCCUUCCCUUCUGGGCGCUCACAGCAGAGUCUACCUUCCCUCUGCCACCAUGAGCGGCUGUUCCAAAAGAUGCAAGCUUGGGUUCGUGAAAUUUGCCCAGACCAUCUUUAAGCUCAUCACUGGGACCCUCAGCAAAGAUAAGAUUGAAGAUGAGCUGGAGAUGACCAUGGUUUGCCAUCGGCCUGAGGGACUGGAGCAGCUGGAGGCCCAGACCAAUUUCACCAAGAGGGAGCUGCAAGUUCUUUAUCGAGGCUUCAAAAAUGAGUGUCCCAGCGGUGUGGUCAAUGAAGAAACAUUCAAGCAGAUCUAUGCUCAGUUUUUCCCUCAUGGAGAUGCCAGCAUGUAUGCCCAUUACCUCUUCCACGCCUUCGACACCACCCAGACAGGCUCCGUGAAGUUUGAGGACUUUGUAACUGCUCUGUCGAUUUUACUGAGAGGAACCGUCCAUGAGAAGCUAAGGUGGACAUUUAAUUUGUAUGACAUCAAUAAAGAUGGAUACAUAAACAAAGAGGAGAUGAUGGACAUUGUCAAAGCCAUCUAUGACAUGAUGGGGAAAUACACAUAUCCCGUGCUCAGAGAAGACACUCCAAGGCAGCACGUGGAUGUCUUCUUCCAGAAAAUGGACAAAAAUAAAGAUGGCAUCGUGACUUUAGACGAAUUUCUUGAAUCCUGUCAGGAGGAUGACAACAUCAUGAGGUCCCUCCAGCUAUUCCAAAAUGUCAUGUAACUGUGAACCCAGCCAUCUGGCUCUCAGAGACGUUGUACUGAACAACCACUUCUUAAUACCUUGCUCUGCCCUCGUUCUGAUUUUACACACCGACUCUUGGGACAGAAACACCUUUUGCAUUUUGAAAGACUUCUCCACUGGAGACUUUCUAUGGAACCCAGCAUCAUAUGGCUCAGUCUCUGAUUGCCAGCUCUUCCUUCUCCGUCUUCUUGAGAGAGACAAGAUGAAAUUGGGUUUGUUUUGGAAGCAUGCUCAUUUCUUCACACUGCUGCCCUAUGGAAGGUCCCUCUGCUUGAGCUUACAGUAGUGCACACUUUUUUGCUUGAGUGCCCCAGCCCACUGCCUCCAGCAGACCUUGAUGCGUCUGGAAGCAAGAUGACCUGAGCCAAAUGCACACCAUCCUCUGAUGGCCUCCCAAACCAACGUGCCUGUUUCCCUUCUUUUGGUGGGAAGAAUGAGCAUUACACAGAACAGUAUGAAUCCAUAUAUGACUAGAUUGGGAGAGCCAGCACCUAACAUAUGUAGGCUAGAACUGAAUUCUUAAGCAUGGCAUUGUCUGGUGACACAAAUUGCCCACAUCCUUUGUUUCCAGAGGAAAGAACCAAUAAUUCUCUCUCACAUUGGCAUCUGUGCUGGUAAUGCAAGUCCCUUAAUGUGCCCAGGAAGAGAGCCAAUGCCCAAUGGUCCAUGCCCUCACUCCAUCUCCUGCUAGAGCCCAGCACUGCAUGCCCCUCCCAGAAAGCCCAGAAUGCCUGAAAAUUGCUGUAAUUUUAUACCAUGUUCUAAUCAAUAAACA